AUUGCCGGGAAGUUGAAUGACGCCUACAACCCGGAAUUUGGUUAUCUCUGCCCAGUUAUCAGCGAUUGCGGCACGAUUAGACGCCAUCUUAGCAACCAUGGAGGAUGAUAUUGCAGCCAUGAAGGAUGAUGUUGCAGCAAUCAAGACUCAAAUGAUUAGGGAUGGCAGUUACUGUGAAGAAAUCAAGAAUCAGAUGAUCAUGCACACAAGUUUCAACCCAGAUGAUCUAGAUCCCAAAGUCAUUGAGAAUCACCAGAAGUUUGAGCGGGUUGAUUACCGAAGUCAAUCGCCAAAAGAUCAAGAAAUCGAAGGCGAUGAAGAUGAUGAUUUCAUUCCAAAUGUUAAUUCGCCUAAAGAAAAUGGUCCUAUCCAAAGUACUCUUCAUCACUCAACCAAAGGUGCUGAAGUUUUGGAUCUAGAUCAUGUAAGGAAGGACCCACAAGUGGUAGGGAAGAAGACGGUUCCCAAGUUUCCCAAAGAAGCUGCAAAUCGGAGAGAUGGUAGCAGAGACGUGAAAGACAACCACCAUGGUCCACCGAAUGUUGUGGCCAGGCUCGAUCUACAACCACAAUCCGGUUGGGCUAAUCUAUUGGUUUAUGAAGCGUGUCAACCUAUAAUUGAAUGGCUCAUCGCUUGGCACAACUAUUGGAUAAUCGACUUGAGGACAAGUCGUUUUACCAGGCGGGAAGUAAUGAUAAGAUCCAAACUGAUCCUCUCAAUCAAAUGCACAAUCAUCUCCCUGCAUAAUUAAGAUAUUAUCCCAUGAUUUCAGCAGCCAUGAUUCAGCAACUAUUUCAAAGGCUAAAAUAAGGGGAAACUUCCAGCAAUCCUCAAGAAUAAAUAGGCCUUUAGUCAUCUAUUUUCUUUGUCCAGUUUUUAUUCAUUAUCGUGUCUUGUGUUUGGAGAUUUGCCUAUCUCGAAUCAGGCUAACUAUCCCUUA